ACUAAUUGGAUUAAUUAACCUAACCCCAGUAGGUGUGACUACUGUACUUGCAUAUUUGAUCCUCCUUCACAGCAGACCCGGAUAAGAUUUGCUGUACCAACAAUCGCAGUUUGAAUGCCCACUCUAAGCAAGCGAAUAUGAGUCAAGAGUUCAGUAUCGUACACGCCAAAGCAUCCGUCAUGAUUUACGACGACAAGAUGAAGAAAUGGGUGCCGUCUGGCGGCAUGAACGGCUUUGCUAAAGUUCACAUCUAUCAGCAUUCCACUAACGGCACGUUCAGGAUUGUUGGCCGUCUGCUACAGGAUCACUCGGUUGUCAUCAACACGGCAUUGGUGAAAGGCUUACGAUACAAUGUAGCAACACCGACAUUUCACCAGUGGCGUGACCAACGGCAGGUCUAUGGUCUCAACUUUGCUGCUAAGGCAGAGGCGGAGGAGUUUGGUAAAGCGGCUUCGGCAGCUUUAGAGCAACUAGCUUCUGGUCAAGUGGCUCCUCCACCUCAAGUGACUGGAAAUCUGGAGAGGAACCAGAGAGAGAGAGAAGAAAUCGACAGGAAACAGAGAGAGGUGGACGAGCAGAGACGACGAGAAGUUGAAAUGGUAAAACAGAGACAAGAAGAGAUGAGACAAAGAGAAGACGAGCAAAGGAGGUUGGAGAUUGAGGCGGAGCAGAAGAGACAGGAAGAGCUACGUAGACAACGUGAAGCAGAAGAAAAAGCAAGACAGGAGAGAAUAGAAAGAGAACGAAUAGAGAGACAAAGACAGGUUGAGGUAGAAAGAGCACUAGAACAGGAACGGGAGCUAGAGAAAUUACAACGUGAAAUGGAACAGCAAGAAGCAGAUUUGGCACGGCAGGCACAAUUGCUCCAAGAAAACUCGAUGGCUCAGCAGGUAGCACAAGUUGAACGAAGAUCAAAUAGAGGAGCUCCACCUCCUGCACCUCAGAGAAUGUCAUCUGUUCCUCCUGAAGAUCAAGUUCAACGAGAGUUGUCUCCGCCUGCUACUGCUCCUCCUCCUCCUCCACCAGCAGGUCCUCCAAUUCCACCGGCUGGACCUCCACCACCACCAGCUUUACCAAUAGUUAAUGUGCAGUCACGAACAUCAGCAUCUACAGGGGGUUCAUCUCUUGGUGCUGCAUUAGCAGGUGUUCAACUCAAAUCACAAAGUGAUAGUGCACCUGGAUCCACUUCUGGUGGUGGUUCCUUGAGUGUUAUGGAUGAAAUGGCAGCAAAACUCGCUAAACGAAGAGCAAAGGAUAGCAAUGCACUAUCUCAAGAUGUUGCUGACAGUUCUGCUAGGCAAACAAGCCCUCGACCUGCUGCAUCUUCACAAGCAGGAGAUUCAGAUUUGUCUGCUCUUCUGGCUAAACGUCGUUUGGCUUCUGAGAGGGAGACUCCUGGUGAUACAAAUACAACUCCUGCUGAAACUUCUGCACCUUCUGGCAUUGCUUCUCAGAAACUCGGACCUGGAACUUUUCCUAAACCAGGAGGGAAGCCAAAGCAAGGUAAAACAGAAGAGACCACAGAAAAAUUGUCAUCAGACCAGCUGCAACGUUUCAAAUCAGAGUUGUUGAGCGAAUUUAGGAAAGAGCUAGAGGCUUUCAAGUCUGAUAUUGUAUCAGCUGUGCGGCGUGAAAUUUCUAAUGCACUGAACAAGUAACCAUUUGCGGUUUGACAUGAAGCUCCGCUCUCACUGCUACUGAAGAUAUGACGUUUAGUUAUUGUGUUGGUUGAUAUAUGUAUCUUCCUACUUUACAACAUCUAAAGUUGUAAUUAACUGCGAAGUGGUUUCUUGAUGCAAUCUGUGCGUCUUGCUGUAGUGUUUAUUGCGGUUUCAGCUCAGCUAUUAAAUGAAUGAGACAAUCGGACGUUA